UCAUGUAUUUGUGACCACGUGAUAAAUUGGUGAUGAGCUGCAGCUGAGCUCUGCUGAAGACCUCAAGUUCGGCCUUGAGCUGUGAAUUUCUCACACUGAAAUUAGAAGAAGAAAAAAAAAAAAAAAAAAAAAAAACCCUCAAUCUUUGGUCAAAAUGACAAACGAUGGGAGUAAGAAGAAAGGGAAAGCCCCGGGUGAAAAAAAGGCUUCUAAAAGGAAAGGGAAGAGGAGAGAAACAUAUGCUGUGUAUAUCUAUAAAGUGUUGAAGCAGGUGCACCCAGACACGGGCAUCUCGAGCAGAGCUAUGAGCAUCAUGAACUCAUUUGUGAACGACGUGUUCGAGCGCAUCGCCACCGAGGCGUCCAGACUGACGCAGUACAACAAGCGCUCGACCAUCACGAGCCGUGAGGUGCAGACCGCCGUGCGUCUGCUGCUUCCAGGGGAACUCGCCAAGCACGCCGUGUCCGAGGGCACCAAAGCCGUCACCAAGUACACUAGCUCCAAGUGAGAUGGUGUUUGGGCUGGAUUAUUUUGGUUUUUGGAAAUAAAACUGCACAAAAUGUCUUCUGA